GGGAGGAUGAAGAAGCUCUGACGGGACCCAGUAGUGCAGGGCAGAGGGUGUCUCUGGAGGAAGCUUCCCUUCACUGUGGCAAUUUCCUGAGGUUUGAUCUUGGCCUCUCGCAGUGAACAGGGUCUUCAUCUGCCCAGCAUCUGAACCCUAACCGCAGAGGGUUGAGAGACAGAGGAGGGGGCCCCCACAAGGCCUGUGGUUUGAGUGAGGAAAGCAAUUGUGUAAAAGUGGAGAGCCUUUCCGCAGCCCAGGGCCAGUCCCUGCCUGAGUCAUGCUUGAGAGAGAGGGAGGAGCAGGCAGGAUCCUGGAGCCCCCUGGAUUUCAAGCUGGCCGUGGCCUCCCGGGUGACGUCACUGCGGUCAUUCCCUGAUGAGCUCAGGCAGAGGCGCCUGGGGACGGGAGACGGAGUCUCCCUAUGUUGCCCAGGCUGGUCUCAAACUUCUGACUUCAGGUAAUCUGCCCCCCUCGGCCUCCCAAGGUGCUGGAAUUACAGGUGUGAGCCACUGCGCCUGGCCUGGUGAUGCUUUCUACUGAAGAGUCAGUUGAUAGGUCUUUCAGGGAGAUCUUGUGAUGAAGCAUCAAAGCAUUUGACUGGGGAAAGAGACCCAGGAUAGUCAAGUGAUGCUCAGGAAGUCAGUGGAGCCACGUGCUGGUUCCCCAUCUCUGCUAUAGCAAAUUACCACAGACUUAGUGUCUUAAAACAACACAGCUUCCUUCUCUGACAGUUCUGGUGGAUGAAGCCUGAAGUGGGUCUCACAGGGCUAAAAUCAAAGUGUUGGGAGGGCUGCGUUCUGUCUGGAGGCUCAGGGAAGAGUUUGUUUCGUCCCCUUUUCCAGUUUCUAGAGGCCCCUGGUAUUCCUUGGGCCAUGAUCCCUCCUUCAUCUUCAAAGCUAGCAGGUUAGCAUCUCUCCUGUCGGACUCCUAUUCUGUCCUUUCAUCUCCUCUCUUAAUUCUGCCUCUGUUUUUAUACUUUUCUCUAGUUCUACUGCCUCCCUCUUGGAAGGGCCCCUCUGAUUACACUGGGCUCACCCAGAUAAACUAGGAUAAUUUCUCCCAUCUCAAGAUCCUUACUAAAUGCCAUGUGAAAAGUCCCUUUUGCCACAUAGUCACAGUCACGGGUUCUAGGGCUUGGGACAUGGAUGUCUUUAGGGGUGGAAGGUGUCCUUCAGCCUGCCACAGAUGGCAAAGUCAUGUCCUUGUGGCUGCAGCUCCAUUGUCCAGGCUGAGUGUGGGGGCGCAUGGUGUGGUUCUCAUGCGCACCACCUACCCUGACCCUGCGGAGGUGGGCAGGAGGCAGCGACACUCACCACGUGCAGAGGUCCUGCCAGGUGCCCAGCCUCAUCAUUCCCUAGAAGGCAGGCACCGCCACAUGCUCUCACACUAUAGAUAAGGAAACAGCUUUGAAACAGAUUUGAAAGUGUUUGAAGAUUUGCCAGGAAGGAGGGAUCCAGAGCCAGGGACUGGGUCCGGGACACCCCGAGACUCUUUGCUUCUUGGAGCUCCAGGGACUGCUUGUCUUUCUCUUCACAGGAGAAGGGGGCCCUGCUGCCGCGGCCGUGGGGCGGGGCGUGGGCGGUGCUGGCUGCAGAAAGGCUCUCCCCGCCCUCUUUGUGCUUUCCCUGCAGGCUGCUCCUCUGUAGAGCUGAUCACACCCACAGUUGAGCUGCGCUGGCCAGAGAUGCCUGCCCACAGCCUGGCGAUGAGCAGCCCGGCCCUCCCGGCCUUCCUGCUCUGCAGCACGCUGCUGGUCAUCAAGAUGUACGUGGUGGCCAUCAUCACGGGCCAAGUGAGGCUGCGGAAGAAGGCCUUUGCCAACCCCGAGGAUGCCCUGAGACACGGAGGCCCCCAGUAUUGCCGGAGUGACCCCGACGUGGAACGCUGCCUCAGGGCCCACCGGAACGACAUGGAGACCAUCUACCCUUUCCUUUUCCUGGGCUUCAUCUACUCCUUUCUGGGUCCUAACCCUUUUGUGGCCUGGAUGCACUUUCUGGUCUUCCUCCUGGGCCGUGUGGUACACACCGUGGCCUACCUGGGGAAGCUGCGGGCACCCAUCCGCUCCGUGACCUACACCCUGGCCCAGCUCCCCUGCGCCUCCAUGGCUCUGCAGAUCCUCUGGGAAGCGGCCCGCCACCUGUGACCAGCAGCUGACACCCCCUUGGCCACCAGACCAUGGGCCAAGAGCCGCCGUGGCUGUACCUGGGGACUUGAUGUUCCUUCCAGAUCGUGGUGGUCCCUGAGUCCUGGUUUCCUGGCAGCCUGCUGCAUGUGUGGGUCUCUGGGCCCAGUGGGCCUGUGUGUGUGCCUGUGCCUGUGUAUGUGUAUGUGUGUGUGUAUAUGUUUCUUAGCGCCUUGGAUUCCUGCAUGAAGUGGCUGAUGGGAACCAUUUCAAGACAGAUUGUGAAGACUGAUAGAAAAUCCUUCAGCUAAAGUAAUAGAGCAUCAAAAACAUCACUCCCUCUCCCUCCCUAACAGUGAAAAGAGAGAAGGGAGACUCUAUUUAAGAUUCCCAAACCUAAUGAUCAUCUGAAUCCCCGGCUAAGAAUGCAGACUUUUCAGACUCACCCCAGAAAUUCUGGCCCAGCCAAUCUAGAGGCAAGCCUGGCCAUCUGUAUUUUUUUUUUUUUUCCAAGACAGAGUCUUGCUCUGUUGCCCAAGCUGGAGUGAAGUGGUACGAUCUGGCUCACUGCAGCCUCCACCUCCCCGGUUCAAGCGAUUCUCCCGCCUCAGCCUCCUGAGUAGCUGGGAUUACAAGCGCGUAUCACCAUACCCGGCUAAUUUUUGUAUUUUUAGUAGAGACAGGGUUUCACCAUGUUGCCCAGGAGGGUCUCGAACUCCUGGCCUCAAGUGAUCCACCCGCCUCGGCCUCCCAAAGUGCUGGGAUGACAGGCAUGAAUCACUGCGCUCAGCCGCCAUCUGGAGUUUUAAAAGGCUCCCAUGUGAGUCCCUGUGAUGGCCAGGCCAGGGGACCCCUGCCAGUUCUCUGUGGAAGCAAGGCUGGGGUCUUGGGUUCCUGUAUGGUGGAAGCUGGGUGAGCUAAGGACAGGGCUGGCUCCUCUGCCCCCACUGACGCUUCCCUUGCUGUUGGCUUUGGAUGUCUUUGCUGCAGUCUUCUCUCCGGCUCAGGUGUGGGUGGGAGGGGCCCACAGGAAGCUCAGCCUUCUCCUCCCAAGGUUUGAGUCCCUCUAAAGGGCUGUGGGUGGAGGACCGGGAGCUUUGGGUGACCAGCCACUCAAAGGAACUUUCUGGUCCCUUCAGUAUCUUCAAGGUUUGGAAACUGCAAAUGUCCCCUCGACGGGGAAUCCCUUUGUGUGUGUGUGUGUGCGCGCGCACGUGUGUGUGUGUGUGUGUGUGUGUGUGGUUUCUCCUAGACCCGUGACCUGAGAUGUGUGAUUUUUAGUCAUUAAACGGAAGUGUCUGACCA